UUCAUUUAAAGACGAACGGUUGUCCCUUAAGUCCAUGUUUCUAAUACCAAACAAAUGAAUUAUCCCAAGUUCCAGAGCUAGGAGAAAGUUUCUUGUAUCUACAACAUUGGUUGUUGCCAUGGACCCUAAACUUGCACCUGGCCGCAAUAGACGACAUUAAAAACAGUUUUUCGACGAAUAGGAGCUAUAUUUAUCAAAUGUAAUGGAUUGUAUGUACUUGUUAAUGUUUUAGAUUUGUUUUAUUUUGUCUGAAAUAGUUGAACGCUCACAGCCUGAGAAACUCACAAUCCGGGUCUCAGGACACUGUGGCUCGAGUCGCACAAUGACAGUUGGAAUAGCUGAUUCAAAAUUUCACAACUCGCCGCUCCAUCUGAAUUGUUUACCUGUCCUUGAAAAUACACUUGUUUUUAACUUCCAAACGUUUUCCAGAAAUGUCUGAGCGUCGGGGUAGCAUUAUGAAGGGGAUUCGCAAAGAUAGCCAUACUGACAGGCUCCGAGGGUCAACCAUGGACAUUGAAAUGCAUGACGACGACGACUCCCACCCUGUGAAACGAGGGUCUUCAGUUUGGAAAUCAGGGUUCAAAGGGAAACUAGCCAACACCUACAGGUUGGGACCAAAGCAGAAGUUUCUUCCCCAUUUGAUUCAGAAGAAAGGCGAGGAGUUGAUGAACCAAGCAUUCGGUGAGCUGGCCUACGACCACGACAACUGUCGAGAUGUGGCUGAUAAAGUGGCUGCAGAUGUCCUGGCGUUCUGCAAAGAGCAAGUGUUCGACCGCUACAGAUACGUGGCCAGGGUGGUCGUCGGCGAAAAGAAAGGCCAGACAGUGAAGAUAGCAAGCCGUACCCUGUGGGAUGAUGAAAAGGACAACUUUCUAACUCUCAACUUUGAGAACAGACACCUUUUCGCCGUUGGCAUGGUUUUUGCCAUUUAUUUCGAGUGACAAUGGGCAAUGUGAAAGGCAGAUGGCAAUUUAUCUCUACCUGCCAAUAAAUUAAUGAGACGUCAAGUUUUUGUGAAUAAAUUUUUUUUGUAGACAAAAUAAAACAACAGUAUCAGUG